ACAGUUCUUGAUUAUAUGAAUAAACUUACAAAUAAUCAUCCUAAAAAAAUUAAAGAAUAUUUCUCUAAACAGAUACUGGAUACUGAUACUAUGCAAAAUGGAAUCCAUGAAUAUUUCAGUCGUAAAUCAUCAGAUUGGGGAAUUCUAAGUUUUUUGGAUGAAAGUAACAUUGAACCCUUUGAUAAGAAGAUAGACACUUAUAUUAAGUCUCUUAAUAACAUUAUUGCCUCAGAACAAUGUGGAAAAAGACCUGAGAAAGCGCGUAUACUUCUCAAAAUGUAUAAGGAGGCGA